GGAGUGCUCACUGUUCAAGGUUCAGGAAGAUAACGAGAGGUGAGUGGCUGACGCAGAGCUCGUGUUGUGUUACCAAAGACUCAUAUCAGAUUACCAUAGACAGCAGGUUGGGUGAAACUGUAGCUGUGUUCAGAUCGCUGUGGCUCAAACAAACCAGGAACUGGGACUUACAGAGGAGUUCUGAACAAGCGAAAGAAGCUAACAGAGGGCUUCCUGUUGUUUUUAAGAAGAGUGUUACCAUGGGUGAGAAGACACAACACUGCCUGCUGCUUUUGCUGUGUUUUUCAGCGCUUGUUCCCUGUUCAGCUGCCAUGGUGUUUUGGACAGCCGUGGUGGAAAUAAGCUAUGCUAACAGCAACAAUCAGACUGUGGACAAAUACUGUGAGUGUGGGGUGUUUGGUCGCAACUCUCCUCUGGAGAAAGCUUCAGGCAUUGUAACCCUUCCCAAGGGAGACCCCAAAGGCUGUGGCCCGGAUCCUGUUUUCAACCGCAACAGCAGCUCACCACCUUGGAUCGCCCUGAUUAAAAGGGGCAACUGUACCUUCAGCGAGAAAAUCAACGCCGCCAAACGACAAGGGGCAGCUGGUGUGCUGGUGUAUAAUUUGGAUGGCAGCGGAAACAGCACAACUCACAUGGCACACUCAGAUGCAUCUGAUAUUGUGGCAGUGAUGAUUGGCAAUCAUCAGGGCAUGGAGAUUGUAAAGUUGGUGAAGAAUGGGACAGAGGUUCAGAUGCUUAUUGAUGUCGGCAGCGCUCACGGACCCUGGAUGGACAGCUACUGGCUUUACUUCCUGUCCAUCGCAUUCUUUGUUGUGACAGCAGCUGCGAUCACAUACUUUGUGUUCAUCUCUGCGAACCGUCUCUACAGUCUGAACAGGCACAAACGCAACGAGAGGAAGCUGAAAAAUGAGGCGAAGAGGGCGAUUGGGCGUCUACAGUUACGCACACUUAAGAAAGACGACGAGGAAACGUCAAAUGACUCCAACAUGUGCGCCGUGUGUAUCGAAUCCUACAAGGCAGGCGAAGUGGUCACGGUGCUAACGUGUGACCAUAUCUUCCAUAAAACCUGCAUUGAGCCCUGGCUGCUGGAGAGGAGGACCUGCCCCAUGUGUAAGUGUGACAUCCUGAAGGCCUUGGGGGUUGACGAUGAGACAAAAGACCACAUUUCCACUGAUUCACCACCAGAUGUCACUGUGGUCACAGUGGCAGGAGGAGAGCCUUUGUAUGAAGUCCCACUGACUGACCCGGGAAGCUUUGACCCAGAGAGUCAUCAGCAUCUCUAUGACAACAGGGCCUUUGAGGGAGACUCAGAGGCAGCGAGAGGAUGAACAACAGCAACGGAAACAUAACAGCAACAAACCAGGACACAGUCAAAUUCCCUGUUUGAUGUUGUGAGUCAUUUUUCCGAGAUACAAUGAACCAGCACAGCAGAAUCUACAACUAUUAUGAUCCAACAUGAGAAAACACUGUUCAUCUUGUAAUGCAGGCAUGCUGAAAAGGAUGUUUGAAAAAAAAAAAAAUCAAAGGAUGACAAAUAUUAAUGGACCUUUGUUUAAUUAUCUUGGAUGCUGUUGAAGUUUCUUUGUAUCUGCUUUGGUGCAAGUGUGAAAUUAUAGGGUGUGUUCCUGCAGGUACCUUGAGAGGGUUAUAACAGCUUGUAAACACUGAGAAGUCGUGGAGUGCAGCCAGUGGCAAAUUGCAGUUUUGCAUAGUGACCACACCAGCUGGACACUGUUUGUGAAGGAAGUACAGCAGAUCAUUUUACUAUCUGUGUGAGGGGUUUGGGGCCAAAGUGUUCAUUUCUGUCAUUGUCUUUUGAAUUAAUAUCUCUUUAUUCGAUUCAUCUUAACAAAACAAAACUGGGCAUGUUUUUUUUCCAUGUUGACAGGGUGAUAUGCAAACACAACCCUUGUGGACACACCCUUGAAUGGAAAUGCAGGAUGACACACGUUGCAUUAAAAUGAGUGAAUAACAAUCACCUGAGGGGCUGGCGCUCUGUAGAAACAUGCACCAAGGAAACAUGUUUUCCAGAUAUGAGAAUAAGAGUUUCCAGGCUUGUUAUCAGGCCUUUCAUUCUCUGAUUAUGAAAUCAUCAAAGGUGACUCACAGUGAUAUGAUGGGGCAAUAAAUGUCAUAGGAACUGUACACAACAUGCAUCCAAAGAAUGUAAUCUUGACUGUUGGAUAGGGGGAAAUUAGCUAUGUGAUACUGUUGUUUGACAUUAAAUAUGUACAUUGAGAUUGAUUUGUAAAUCAUUGAGGUAAUAUAAAUAUGAACAUAAUGUAUUUAUAGUACUUUUCUAACAGCUGAUUUGUAUGUACAAGCACAAAUGGUUGAACAGGUCUUCCAGGUUUUACCUCUUUCUUAUUUGGAACAGAGUAUCCUGCUUCAGUCCUUGUGGUCUACCUCGGCACUCUCCAGACAUUUUGUUCAAGACCAAGACUAAGUUUUGCAAUUCUAAGUCAAAGUGUGUCCCUCAGUGGGUGAUAAAGCUAACGAGUGGUUAAAUUUCUUUAUCUUCUGGUGAGGAAGUGCUGAUUGUGAUACUUAAGAUAUUUUUCUUUAUUGAAUCAUUUUUUUUGCUAUACUGUUUAACAGAUUCCAGGAGUCUUAAAUCAUUAUGUGAAAUGAAUAUUACUUGCUGUAUUAAAUCACAUUGAUGCUUAUUAAAAUGCAAUAAAUCCCUCAAAAUGAGGCUAACGUUA